AUGAAUUCUGCGAGCGCCGGAUUCGGCGAUUGGUGCGCACUGCCGCUGUUAGCAGUGUUUAUACUCUUUAUUUUGUUUACCGGAUGCGAUUUCUUCUCCUUCACUGGAAGGAGAAACAUUGUAAAUAACUUGGUUGGAGCGAAGGAAUCAAACAAAGAGGCAAUCCAGAACGUGAGAGCUGAACUUAAGGAUAAAAUUGAAAUUCUCGAAUACGAAAAUGACCGACUGAAGAAAGUGGUCCUGUGUCAGAUUGAAGCGACGGAUCAACGGAACAGCGAGAUCGAAUCGCUGAUUGAUAUAAUCGAAGGGAUACUACCUAACGGUACGGAUUCACGAGAAGAAGAAAAGGAUGACACCAUUCGGGAGGAAGGCAAAGGUGCCAGUCCGAAAUGUGAUGCUCGACUCGAGGAGCGUCUCCGCCACUUGAUCCUCGAGAUGAGCAGCGAGAUGGUGGCACUCCGAAUGGAUAUGCAGAAAGUGAAUCAAGAUUUCAACGAAAUGUCAAAUCUGGCGAUUACGAGGGCACACCAGAUCGACGAAAAAGCCAACGAGAUUAGCGAGCUGAACGGGGAAGUUCUCCAAAGACAGAACUAUAUUGAGGAGCUAGUCGAAGAAAUCCACAGGAAGGACGAGAGACACCGAGAAAUGGAAAACCAGCUCGUGACAGCUAAUGAGAAAAUAGUUGCUUUGCAACGCGAGCUCUUGAACCAGGAAAAUAAAACAGAGUUGCUGGAAAAGGGGCCAGCAGAGAAAGAUAACAAAAUCGAAUCUCUGACGUGUAAGGUGCACAGGGCUGUGGAUGGAAAGGUGGAGACUUCACAGGAACUGGAAAAACUGAGAGGAGAAAUGGCUACAACAAAUAUCAAAAUAGACAGACUUCAGGAGGAAAACUGCCUCAAAGAGCAACGUAUCUCGGAGGUAGAAAGACGACUGGAACAACUGGCAAGCCAAUUCGAGGAGAGGGAUGCAGCAGCAGCAGAGACGCUGAAGAUGGAGGGACAGGAAGAGAGACUUAGAAAAGAGAGGCACUCGCAAGGAAUAGAAUUGUGUGAGAUCAGUCCCCCAUUCCACCAAAGUCUCCUCGAACCGGAUUUGGUAAUCGAGUUAGGAAGACUUAAGGAACAACUGAGCAAGGACAAGGAAAGGAGAGUUAAUUUCACGCGUAUGGGAGGACACGAAGAAAUACUGGCGAACGAAGACCUCGGGCAAUUGCAGAGGUCUGAGGCAAUAGAUAGUUUAAGUACCAUCCUAGAAUGCCUCCACAGCAAAGACUUAGAAAAGGUUCUAGGGUCAACGGACGUGGAUAUGCAGAGUUUAAGUGAAGCGAUUGGUCACCUGUUGAAACUGCUGACCCAAGAGAAAAGUAAGGAUAGGGCAGCUGCCACGCAAAUGGUUGCUGACCUUCAGUUACAAAAGAGGCUACUUGGGUUCACGAAGGGUGACAUGACAAUGAAAGCACAUCUGGAUACUCACAUCCACGUCCUUAAAAGAGCACGAGGAAAAGAUAUUCAAAUCCAGAUGGAUAAGAUUCUGGAAUGUAAGUGCCAAUCAAAACCUGCUGCUGAGGACGUCAAUAUUCCAAAGAACAGCGUCCAAUCGUCAGCUACCCAGGAGGAAGAAGUCCUCCUUGAUCCAAAAUAUGCUAUAGAUGAGCUUAUUUCCACUCAGGCGGAGGUCCUAGCCACCAAAGAAGAAACCUCCAGUAUUGCAAAUGAAGUCCUGGGAACAACCGAAACAGUUACCUCUUCAGAGGACUUUAUAUUUGUCCAUGAGGGAUUCGUGCUUAGGGAGGAAGAGAUGCUCAUUCGCUCAGAAUGCAUACCCCUAACAGGGGAGCCUUUCAUUAUUCCAGAACACCUUGGUCCCACUGCCCAGUCUGCCCCAGUUGUUCCAGAAGACCUCUGUCUCACUCCCCAGGCUACACCGAUUGUUCCAGAAGACCUCUGUCCCACUCCGCAGGCUGGACCAAUUGUUCCAGAAAACCUCUGUCCCACUACCCAAGUUGGCUCAGUUGUUCCAAAAGAUCUCUGUCUCAUUCCUGAGGCUGCCCCAAUUGUUCAAGAGAAUCUACUCAUGACAAAAGAAAGGGAUGCCUUCCAGAUAGAGGGAGCAUCCUUCAGUGGGGUUGAACAAGCAAUCCGUAAUGAAAGAGAGGCCCUUAAUAUGGAGAGGUUGGCCCAUAUUAGGGAGAAGGAAGCCUUUGCUGCAGAAAGAGAAGCCUUCAACAAAAACAAAGAAAAACUUGAUGAGUACAAGGAUGCCUUACAAAGAGAGAUGGCAACUUUCUACAGAGAAAAGGAAGAAUUUGAUAGGGAGAAAGAGGAAAACAAAAAACAAUUAGAAAGUUUCACUAAAAAAUUAGAAAAUAUUGCAUGCCACUGGCAAGAUAAAAAAGAAAUACUGGAUAAACAAGAAGAGGAACUCUUACAAGAAAUCACAAUCUUCGAAGAAAAGAAAAAAGAGUUUAUUCAAGAGAGAGAAGAAUUUCAAAAGGAAAAGGAAGCUAUUUACGAAAAGGAACAGGUGACAAUUGAGUGUAUGGAGAGGCUAGAGAAAACAAUAGUGGAAAUGCAGGAAAGGAGAUAUUUGAAUUGGAACGUGACAGGCGAGAGGGAAGUCCAGAUGGAGCAAAAGAUUAAGGAACUUGAAGAGAUCAUUGAACAACUACACGUGAAGCUCAAGCUGAAGGCUGGGAAAAGGCCCGCGGUUGGGGGGCCGCUGGUCCUCUCUGGCCCAAAAAGAGGAAAUAGAAUGCAUAGGAAGGAAGACGUGGACGGAAUCCUCAGAAGCCGAAGGCUGGGGAAAGGCCGGCGGUUGGGGGGUCGCUGGUCCUCUCUGCCCCUAAAAGAGGACAUGGAAUGCAUAAGAAGGAAGACGUGGACGGAAUCCUCAAAAGCUGACGGCUGGGGAAAGGCCUGCGGUUGGGAGGCCGCUGGUUCUCUCUGGCCAUAA